UUUAUGUCAGCUCAGUUGUCAUAUGUCAUAUCCAAAUGUGAUCCAAAAUCCAAAUCUUGUCAACAAUCUGCAACAAUAGAAUUUAUUCCGUUGUGUUCCUGUAUUUAUGAAAAUCAUUUUGUGGGAUAUUUGGCGUGAUAAUAUAUAUUUUCUUCGCAAGACGCCCAAUUAGACAUUUGUUUGGUCAAGAAGUUGCAUUUUUCUAAGAAGUUGCUAUGGCCGAGGAACAGCCCGAGCAGACCCACCUUGUGGAAGUAUCUCCACAAGAACUUGAAAAAAUGGAAGAAGCCAAGCUAAAAGCUAAAUAUCCAGCCGUUCCAGGUGGUCCAGGAAGGUUAGGAGGUCACUCUGCUUUCUUACAGAAAAGAUUGGCUAAAGGUCAAAAGUUUUUUGAUUCGGGUGAUUACCAAAUGGCUAAACAAAAGAUGGGUGGAAUUAAUAAAGCUCCAUUAAAAGUGCCUGGUUCAGUACCAUUCCCAACAGGUGAAGCUAUACCAACACCAGAAACCGUUCCAGCAAGGAAAACUUCUCUUGUGCAACCAUCCAAACUUACUACAAGUGUAAAUAAUUCAGCAGCAGUAAAUAGCUCAAACCAUAGUUAAAAGAUUAAACUUGACUGAAACAAAAACAAUUGUGAUUGUAAAAAUGAGGGUGUAUUUGAGCUAUUAUGUCAAAUCAGAAUAUUUACCUUGUUUUUAUCAUUGUCUUAAUACUUGAAUUUAUAGGCUCUAUUCUAUAAACCUGAUAUACUUGAUAAAAUGUAUAUCAUACACAUUUGGUUUCGAUAUGUACUGCUUUGAAUUAUAUGAAAGUACUAAAUUACACUGAUUAGACAAAGUAAAAUUAGUUACAAUAAGUCAACAUUUUAAGUUUAGUUAUUUUUAAAUUAAAAAAAAAUUAAAUUA